AUGGUUCAAAAACCACCAACAAGUAUUACAAUCAAUUAUACUAUACCAACAACUUUAUUAACUAAACAUAUGUGUUAUCUACCUGAUGGUACCAAAUACGAACGUAAUUAUUUAAGACAGUUAGUCAGUAAAAGGGAAUCAACUGUAAGUCCAUAUAUUAGUAAAAAUGAUUCUAUGAUAAAAACAUAUAUAUCAAAAAAUUUUACAAAUUUUACUGAAUUCAUAGACAAUUCUCGUGCAGCAAUAAUAUCUCGUCGCUUAAUUGAAAAUGCUCUUACUCUUGACAUCAUCUUUCGUAAUCCGCCAUUUAAAGACAUGAUAAAACCAUCUUGUGAUGGUCUAUGGAUGGAAUUUGGUGUAUAUCGUGGUAGUAGUUUAAAGCUUAUUGCAGAUUGGAAACGUAUGUUUUGUGGUAAUAAUAGUCAGCCUGUUUAUGGUUUCGAUACAUUUACUGGAUUACCAACUGACUGGAGAGGUGGAUAUGGUCGUGGAGCAUUUACUAUACCUAAUGGAACAAACAUUUCAGUGCCAUACAAUACUAUAUUAGUAAAAGGUCUUUUUAUUGAUACUUUACCUAAUCAACUUCUUCUAUUCGAUCGUCAAUAUCAAUGUCAUACUCCAGUAUCGUUUGUUCAUAUUGAUUGUGAUAUUUAUGAUGGUACAAGAGAUAUUUUAUUUCUUCUUGGAAGUCGUUUUGUAUCGGGUACAAUUUUAUUAUUUCAUGAAUUAUUUAAUUAUCCAGGUUAUGAAAAACAUGAAUUGAAAGCUUUAUAUGAAUUUCUAUCGAGUUCUAAUAUGCGACUUAUACCGGUAGGUACAAGCGUUUUUAUUGACCGUCAUCCAAAGCACGAUGGAGCUAUACAAUCAUUUGCGUUUGUUGUAGACUUAGAACAAAAUAUGUAA